AAUGAAGGCAACAGAUGAAUGGGCAAAUAAGACAAUGAAACAUGGAAGAUAUGCAACCUUGGUUAAUGCAGCAAACAAGCUGGUACAUAGGUUCCACAAGGUAGGAGUGUACCCCCUGCUACUCCUCAGCAAGAGGAAGAAGGAUAACAUUUUGUCGUCAACUGCACUGUGUCCUCACAGUGGUAUGAUGAAUCAGACCUCAAUGGCAGCAAUCCAAAGGUUGUAUGCGGCAAUUGUGAAAGUGGCAAUCAACACCCAUACCCCCACACUACAACCCUCUAACCCUCCUCCUGUUGCUGCCCAAGAACUGUCUGUUACAGUUGCCCCUCAGGAGACCAGCUACACCCUCAACAUCACCCAGGUUGAAACCCCGAUAUCCCCCACCGCCCAGGAGACCAGCUGCACCCCCAUUCUCAACCAGGUUGAACCCCCGAUAUCCCCCACCGCCCAGGAGACCAGCUACACACCCAUCCUCAACCAGGUUGAACCCCCAAUAACCCCCACCGCCCAGGAGACCAGCUACACCCAAACCAAACCAAAUAAGACAGGGAGAAAGUCCUAUCACCCUCAAAGAACCCUCCAACCCGCUGAGCAUGACACAGUCAACCCCAUCCAACCCCGACCAAGGAAGAGGAAAUAUGACUACAUGCAAAAAGAGUGUCCAGUGCAUCCGGGGCAAACGAUUUUCCCUAUUCUCAAGAUUCUUGCCAAUAGAACUUCAAAGGAGGGUCAGGAGCAGAAAGUGAGGUGGAAGCCAUGCUCUGGAUGUGGCAAGAAAUGGGACGAUGAAUGGAUCAAGGCCGAGGACCGGGUUUCUCCAGUUUAACCUACUUUAUGCACAAAUGUAUUUCUCACUCUCCCUUCACAUGUAUCCCUGUCAAUCAUAAAUGGUUGGCCAAAUUCACCAUUGAAACAUUCAUGGAGCAUCAGCAUGCCAACCAUUUGAUCUCAAUCAGUUUCAUGAGAAUAUGCAUUUAGAUAUUCUUCAUAUAAAGUGAGCUACAUAAGUAUUGCAACAGUGACACAUUUUUUGUUGUUUUGGAUCUGUACUACAGAACUUUGUAUUUGAAAUAAUACAAUGACUGAGGUUAAAGUGUA